UAUAGAGGGACCCAUGAAUAGUGAUGGCCUUUAGUUUCUUCCACACAUUUGAAUAUCUACAUACGUACCAUCUUCAUCAUUGAACAACAAGCCAAAAGUUCCACUAGAGACUUCAUUUCAGGCGCCGCGAGGAAGAAGAAAAAUGAGUCCAUAGCACUAUUCUUCAACAGGAACUCAAUUCCAUCAUCAUCUUCAUCAUAUGACUUUUGUGCUUCAAGCUAUUCUGAAGUUGCCUAUAUAAAGAGCCAUUUUGGAGCUGCAAAGGAGACACGAAUUCGGAGAGAAAUCUCCCCCUUCUUUCUUUAGCUUUGUUCAUAGUAGUAGCAAUAAAAUAAAAGUGAUUCUUUCAGGAACACUUUCUGUAAAAUUUCAGUUUGUAAUUUACAUUCCAGAAUUUCAGUUCUAUAUAUUUCAACAAUAAAGUUCAUUUGGAGAUAUCAGUUCGAAGUUAAUCAGUUCCAGCUUAAUCUGAGGAUUUCAAUCUUUUCUGUUCCAGUUCAUCCAUGUUCAUUAUUUAUGCCUUCAGGUUUUUAUCAGAAUACUCACUUUAAUUUCUUUAAUCUGUUAAAUUUAUUAUGUCUUUCAUGAAUUUUACUCUUAUUUUGUUUACUAUAAUUAUGUGUAACUAAAUUAGUUUAGGCUUGGGCAAGAUGUAAAUUUUACUGUUAAUGUUCAUAUGAUAAUAAUUGGUUAAAACUCUUACUUGGUUAAUUUUAGGGUGUUGGGUUGAAUGUUCUAAUCUGCUAAAUACAUUAUAAUUGGAAAUGAAUAUUAUCACGGGAGUGAAAUUUCAUUAAAAUCCAUUUAGUUAAUUCACCCACUAAAUUGCUACACGGAAGUGUUAAGGAAUUUAGGAUAAUUUGAUUUUGUACUUUUUACUGUCUUAAUAAAAUUACCGCGGGAGCGGAAUUAAUUUAAGAUAGUGUAAUCAACUAAGUCGUGGGAACGAUUAGAAGAUUACCAUUUGAAAAUCUUUCACACACCUAAAAGUAACCAAGUUAAUCAGUUAAAUCUUUAUUAUUAUGAACAUGAAAAUAAAAUUACUCUUAGCCCAAGCCUAAUUUUCGCUAUAUCAUUAAUUAUUAAAUUAUCAAGUAUUAUGAUUUAUUUUAUUUCCUAGCAAUUUCUCAUUUAUAAAAACAAGAUAAAAAACUCUGUUCACUUAGCUCCAUUGCAAAAUGUUAUCAAUUUGUGAUUAGCUAAAAAUCAAUCAUUAAUUCUAGUUCUCUUUUUGAGCCAUUCUCUAGCGGAACGAUACUCACUUACUCUAUACUAUAUCGUUACAAGCCAAUUAAAACAUCAUUUCCAUUCACAUUUUUACACCAUUUCACACUACACAUUUUGGCAUGUCACGAUUUUGGUGCCGUUGCCGGGGAAUGGCAUAGUUUUAUUGAUUGAUUAUUAGUUAAUAUUAGUGUUUGUUUUUAUUUAUUUGGAGACUAAGUGUUUUUAUUUCAUGUUAUCAUCACUUGUUUUUAGUUUCCAAUUGUAAAAAAAAAAAAGUAGGGUAUGCAUACUCGCUCUCAAGGGAGUGAAGGAUUGCAACCACUUAACCUUGAUUUUGAAAAAGAAUUAAGGAAAAGAAGAAAGGCCCAAAUCCUUGAACUUAAAAUUCCAAAUCAGAUCAUGGAGGACCUUCACAACAAUCCCAAUAAUCCAAAUAGCCAAAACCAAAUUUCAAAUCCAAAUCCAAAUCCUACGCCACCACAAAAUACCCCUAUAAAUACACCCAUUGAUACUCCAAGAGAUAGACAUAAUCCUUUCUUUGGAGAUCAAAGACCCCCUGGAUUUGAAAAUUUCCAACAAAUUCCUCCUCUAACACAACCCAACCCUUAUCCACCACACCCCUACCAAAACUACCAAAAUCACCAAAACCAACCUCCACCAUAUCCAUACACAUACCCUUAUCCUUACACACCUCCUCCAUUUAUGCACCCAUACCAACCUCACCCAUAUGGCCAAUACUACCAACACCCACAAAAUCAACAAGGUCAAGGGCAAUACAUAAGACAACAACAACAAGGCAGAAGACUUCUUGAUUAUGUUGCAGGUGAAAUUGAGGAACAAGAUAGCAUUCUCUAUCCAGGCGUGGAUGCAGCGAAUUUUGAGAUCAAACCAGCACUUAUCUCAUUGGUAUCAGCCAACAAAUUUGGCGGAUCAAAGAAUGAAGAUCCAACGAGCCAUGUGAAACAGUUUUUGAGAGUUCUCCAAACUCUUAAACUAAAUGGAGCCUCUGUUGAUGCCAUCAGACUCAGAUUGUUCCCAUUCUCACUGAGGGAUGAAGCAUUGAGUUGGUUGAACUAUAAACCAUCCGGUUAUUUCAACACAUGGGAGAAGUUGCAUAGAGAUUUCAUGAAGGAGUUCUAUCCUCCUUCUAAGGCAUCAAAAAUGAAGAAACUGAUCCAACAAUUCAGACAACAACCAUCAGAAUCUCUUUAUGAAUCAUGGAAGAGAUUUAAAGAUCUUCAAGUUCAAUAUCCACAUCAUAAUAUGAGCAUGGGUGAUCUCAUUGUCUCAUUUUAUGAGGGAUUACAUGAUAAUUCCAAAAUUGUUGUGGAUGCCUCUGCUAAUGGAGCUUUCAUGGAGCUUGAUCCUCAAACUGGAAAAGAGAUGCUUGAGAAAAUUUGCAACAACAGUGCAUCAUGGUAUUCCGAAAGAUCCACUCAAAAGCUAGGAGCGGGAAUUUAUGAGGUUGACCAAACAACAGCUUUAACAGCAAAGGUUGAUUCUCUCACAAACAUGAUCCAAAAGCUCACUGAGAAGCAAUCAUCAUCAACUUCUAGCACAUCAACAAAUCCAUCAUCAUCUUUAGCUCAAGUUUUGUUCUGUGAACUCUGUGGAGGAGGGCAUUCUUUUAAGGAAUGCAAUCUUCUAGAACUUACACAAAACGUUCCUUCUGGCCCCACAGUAGAACAAGCCGAUGCUAUAUAUGGUAGACCUCAAGUACCAUAUCAAGGAAACUAUAAUCCUCAAGGGAAGACACAUCCAGGAUUUUCAUGGAGUAACCCAUCAGGUGCAGCAAAUUCACCAUAUCCAUCCAAACCAACACCUCCUGGAUUUCAAAAUCAGCAAGGGUACCCACCGCAACAGCAAUUACCACCACCACCUCAGCAACAACAACAAUUUGUUGGAGUUAAUGACUUCCAGAGAAUGAUGCAAGGUAUCACUAAUCAAUUCUCUCAACUCACCGCUCAACUCAAUCAAAUUCAAGCUCACAACAAAAUGCUUGAGAGCCAGAUUGCUAGUUUUGCUUCACCAUCUACUAGCAAAGCUCAAGGCAAGUUGCCUGCCUACUCUGAACAUCCUAGGGAGAAUGUUAGUGCAAUCACUACAAGGAGUGGAAAACAACUUUCUGAUCCACCACUUGUAGUUGAGAAAGAGAAGAUACCUGAAAAAGAGACUUCACCACUAAAGGAGAACAAUGAAGAAGAUCUGAAUUCUCACUCACAUGAAGGCAAGAAAAAGGUAGUACAACCAUAUGUUCCACCUUUACCAUUUCCUCAUAGAGCAAAUAAAAACACAAUUGAUGAGAGGAGGGAUAAAUUCCUUAAAUGGAUCGGUCAACUCAACACAACAAUCCCACUUCUUGAUGCUCUAAAACAUAUGCCUUCAUAUUCCAAAUUUCUAAAGGAAAUUCUUUCAAACAAGAAGAAGUUUGAGGAGAAAGCUACCGUAGCCAUGAGCGAGGGAUCCAGUGCUAUCAUUCAAAGGAAACUUCCAGAAAAAUUGAAGGAUCCAGGUAGCUUUACUAUUCCAUGCAUAAUUGGAGGGUUCAUGGUCAACAAAGCUUUAUGUGACCUUGGGGCUAGUGUUAGCCUUAUCCCUUAUUCUAUGAGCAAACGCCUUAGUCUUGGUAUUCCCAAAGCUACUUCAAUGACCAUUCAGCUUGCUGACCGAUCUGUUAAGUACCCUGUUGGUAUUCUUGAAGACAUUCCUGUACAGGUUGGAAAAUAUUUCAUCCCUUGUGACUUUGUCGUCCUAGACAUGGAUGAAGAUGAGCGAGUACCUGUCAUAUUGGGAAGGCCUUUCUUAGCCACUGCUGGUGCCAUCAUUGAUGUUAAAAAGGGUACAUUAAAAAUUGAAGUGGGGGAUGAAAGGGUUGAGUUUAAUAUUUUCCAAACGGUGAAAAAUCUUGCAUGUGUGGAAGAUUGUUGGAGGAUUGAUAUAGCUGAUGAAUCUGUGAGAGACUUCACGAGAAUCUUUCACAAGGAUCCUAUGGAGGUUUGUGUUGUGGAGGAAGUCGAAAAAGAUCACGAGGAUGAAGAGUUAGUGGACCGUGUAAAAAAGAAAGAGAGUUGUAAAAGCUUUCACGAGGGGAAGGAAGUGAAAAAACGGAGGAAGGGAGGAAAAUUGCUAUCAGUGGCCAAAGAGUUAAGAAAUAUUCUCAAGGAGAGGACGCAAAGAAGAAACUCAUUGUUCGACUGGAUCAUCCUCCGUAUGAGUAAACCAAUCAGGUAAUGUCGGGCACACGACGUUAAAAAUAGCGCUUCUUGGGAGGCAACCCAAGUUUAUUUACUUUCAUUUGAAUGUGUGUUUUGCUUGUGUGUUUGCAUUGAAUAAUUUUAUUUUCCCACCCAUUUACUCACCCGCCCUGUAUAUAUUUGCCACAUCGAGGACGAUGUUUAAUCCUAAGUGUGGGGGGAGAAUAUGCAUGUUUGUUUGUUUGUGAAUUGCCUUAUCAUCUGUUUAACUUUCAAAUCAUGCAUUCUAUUCUUUCACAUGGUAUGUGGAUUGUUGGCUGGACUUGUCUCUUAAUAAUUGGAUUGAGAAUCAUAAUUUUUGAGCGUUGAGUAAAAUUUUGGUCAAAUUUUAAACUUUGCACAAACACAAAACAUCUCAUGCACGUAAAUGGUUAUCUAGUGAAACUGUUGUUCAAUAUGUUUAAGAUUGUGUAAAACAAGAGUGCUAUGUGCUUUUAUUUUCCUUGACAUGAUUUUCUGACUUGGCACAUUAGGAAAUGAUAUAGGCCAUUUUUCAUAAACCCAUAUACCUAGCCUUACCCAUGUGAUAAAUAUCCCUUGUUCACCCCCUUUGAGCCAUUUUUUUUAAUAAGCGUUAUACGCUUAACCCUGCUUUUCUUAUUUUCUUUCAUAAAAACCUGUUAUAUGUGACCCUUAGCCUAAAAGCCAAACACUUUCCAACCACCCUAAAAUGACUUGCAUAAAUUUUAAUGAGUUUAGAGAGUGUCAUUCACAUUUAGGGAGCUUUAAUAAUUGCAUUUUUGUGAUUACAUAGUUGUUAAUAUUCAUUUAUGGGGUAGUUGUUCUUGUUGUAUUAUCAUUGUACAUAUUGUUCUUGUAAAUUCUUAUUGUUAGAAGCACUAAAAAGCCUUGAAAAAAAAACAAAAAAAUCAAAAAGAAAAAAAAAGAAAAAAAAAAGUCAAAAAAAAAAAAAAACAGAAAAAAAAGGAAAAUGAAAAAAAAAAAAAAAGAAUAAAAAAAAAAUCUAAACAAGGCUAAUUAUCCAUGUAUAUGCUUCUCUCUUUUGUAUAUUGUUUUUUGUACAUUAAUUUACUCUUUUUACUAGUUACUAGUUUACUACCCUUAACUGUUAAAAAUAACAAGUGUUGUAUAGGUUAUUGUCAAAUGCUCCUACUCACUACUUAGUACCUCUCUAAAUUUGUUAAAUUUAUGUCAAGUUCAUUUCUUUUGUUUCCUCAUUAAUUCCCUUUGUUCAUAAGCCUAUCCCACAGACCCCAUUAUUAUAACCCAAUGGUAAAAGUCCUAAUUGAUCUUAAUUGUGUUUUGUCUGAAAUAAGUUGAUAGGAAAAUCUUAUUUUGCAUAAUUUUGCAUGAUUGAACAAAUGAAGCUACAUUCCAUCUUCACACCACACACUUUGUGUUUGUUAGAGUUGAGAUUUGACCAAAACGUUUCAAAUGAUAUGCAAAAUAUUUUUAUGAUUCUCACUACUCUUAUUUUGUGACAAGUCAAGGGAAUUUGAUUGACCAGGUGGAGUGAAAGUAAAGUGUGCAUGAUUUGAGGAUUACACAUAUGAUUUGGAAAUUCAUUUUUGCAUGCUCGUUUGCUUGUGUGAGAUGUACAUAUUUUUGCUUGAGGACAAGCAAAAUCUUAAGUAUGGGGGAGUUGAUGUACUCCUAAUUUACCAUAUUUAUGAUCUUGUUUUGUCACACUUUUAAUACUUUAUUUCUUAUUUUUAAAUAAAAAGGAUUGAUCUUUAUCAUCUUGGACAUUUUAAGGUAUUGCACUUGUUUUGGUAUAUUUUUGAGUUUCAGGACAAUUCGGGACGUAUAUUAAUUUCUGAAAAGAAAUAAAUAUUACUCCCGAGUGAAGACGGAAAAAUCAUCAAGGUGAAGCGGAUCCUUACUUUAACUCCAGAAUAUUUUAUCAAGAAUCCCGAAAUACAUUUCAGAAUAAGUCAGACUGUCCGCAAUAAAAUGUACCGGUUAAUUGAUGACCAGUUAACUGAUCAAGCAAUUAACCGGCCAAACUAAGCAAGUGGCGGAAGUGAAGCCAAAACUUUGGCUGACAAAACUAUUCACUCAUUUGUGAAUAUUGAAAGAGACCCAUACGUAUGAAUUGAGAGCUCUCAAGUCUCAACUCUCAAGAUGUAAAGAAAUAAGGAAAAUUCGAAAGGUAC